AAAUAUUCUAAUACACACUGCAGGCACUUCCCUGAAGCACGAACAGAAAAUUUAUUCUUUCAUUUCCACUUUCUUUCAACUUCAGACGAUUCCUUUCCGUGCACAAAUGUAAUUUGCGUAAACAUAGGAAUGUACAUGUGCAUGAACCCAAGUUUGUUUGAUUUCGUCUAGAUAUCCAUGGCUAAAGGAAGAAAGCCAAGUAGCUUAUCUCUUGUUCUUGGUCUAGUGGUGGCUUUUCUUUCGAAGAACAGGCACGCAGCUGCUGAAAAUGAUGAGUAUUUAUCAGCCGUUGGGGAUCCAGGAAUGAGAAGGGAUGGCUUAAGGUUGGCAAUAGAGGCAUGGAACCAAUGCAAUGAGGUUGGAGAAGAGGUUCCACAGAUGGGCAGCCCAAGAGCUGCAGAUUGCUUUGACAUAUACAAGGCUGCUCAAUCCAAAGAAGUACGCUUUACAGAAAAGAACUGCUCCCUUUGCAACUUGUUGCCCUAUGUAUUGGUCCACAGAGUCACAGAGGAUGAUAACAAGCUAGGAGUUGGAGACCCUUUUCUUGGAAUGCAACCAAAUGCCCUUUUUGAUGUAAACCUAUAUGCUGCAAACAAGGAACUUUACCUUGGCUCUAAAUGCCAAGUUCAAGACACACCAAAUCCAUGGCAUUUUUGGAUGAUCAUGCUUAAGAGUGGCAAUAUGGACACUUUUGCCGCGAAGUGCCCCAAAAAUGGCCAUAAAACGGGACCGUUUGGUCCUGAUAGCCGGUUCCCUUGCUUUGGAGAAGGAUGCAUGAAUCAACCAUUGAUUUAUCAUGAUUACACAACACUGGAAGGGCCUAGCAGGACUACUCUUAAAGGAAAGUUUUAUGGGUCAUGGGACUUGGAUGCUGAUUUAAGUAAAGGAUUGGUGGGGAACAUAUCUUACUAUUCCAUAACUUGGGAGAAGGAAAUUGGUAUGGGAAGCUGGAUCUUUCAUCAUGUCUUGAGGACUUCAACAAAGUACCCUUGGUUGAUGCUUUACUUGAGAUCUGAUGCCACACAUGGAUUAUCCGGUGGGUACCAUUAUCCAACUAAAGGGAUGUCCAAAAUCAUUCCAGAGUCACCAAAUUUUGAAGUAAGGUUCACCUUAAAUGUAAUCAAAGGUGGGGGUCCUAGCAGCCAAUUCUACCUAAUAGACAUAGGGAGCUGCUGGAAGAACAAUGGCCAGCCGUGUGAUGGCGAUACAACUUCAGACGUCACUCGAUACUGUGAAAUGAUCAUAAAUCCAAACAUAACUGCAUGGUGCGAUGCAAACAGCCUGGACAUGUGCCCGCCUUACCACACCUUCCCCAAUGGCACACGUGUGCAUCGCAGCGAAACAACCAUGUUCCCUUAUGCAGCCUACCACUUGUAUUGUGCUCCAGGGAAUGCAGAGCAGCUCGAGGUUCCUUAUAGUUUGUGUGAUCCAUACAGCAAUCCUCAGCCUCAGGAAAUAUUGCAGAUUUUGCCACACCCCGUUUGGGGUGAAUAUGGAUACCCUAGUAAGCAAGGGGAAGGUUGGAUUGGCGAUCCAAGAACAUGGGAACUUGACGUUGGGAGGUUGUCUCAGUCGCUUUACUUUUACCAGGAUCCGGGUACUCCACCAGCUAGGAGGAAAUGGAUGUCUGUUGAUUUGGGAACUGAAAUAUUUAAAGACCCCGAUCAAAUUGCUGAAUGGACCGUUAGUGAUUUUGACAUCCUUGUACCUAACCAAUGAUCGUGGUGCAAUGAUGGAAGACUAGCUUCAAGCAAAAAGAAUGAAGUUUGCAGACUUUAGAUUGCCUUCAACUCGAAGGGACUCUGUUUUCUCUGUAACGAGUCAUUUACCAUCACUUUGCUGUCCGAAAGAGCAGAAUGAUUACAUGGAAAAUUUUUUUCUUAUUCUUCCAUUUUUCUUCUCUUUCGGCCAAUGGUAGAGUGUUUACUCUAAAUUUUGUUAAGCUUUCUUCAAUUCAAAAACAAAAAAGUA